AUGAAAAAGAAGUUUGGCGGAAACGAGAAGGUAAAAAAGUCCCUACGUAACACUUUGAGGAGAGAAUUUAAGGUGUUGGAGAUAAAGAAAGGAGAAAUCGUCACCGAUUACUUUGCAAGAGUAAUAGUGGUUUCCAACAAGUUGCGAAGCAAUGGCGAAGACAUGCCAGACUCAAAAAUUAUGGAGAAGAUCUUGCGAACCUUGACAGAACGGUUCACAUAUGUGGUGGUCUCGAUCGAGGAAUCCAAGGACACUGAUGAAAUCUCAAUUGAUGAAUUGCAAAGCUCUUUAGUGAUGCAUGAACAGAAGUUCAAUAGAAUCAAUAAGGAGGAGGACGACCAUGUCCUUAAAGUGGAGGAAAGAUCAAGCAGAGGAAGAGGAAGAGAAUCACCCAGGGGACGUGGUGGUCGAGGCCGAGGAAGGAACUACUUUAACAAAGCUACAUUCGAGUGCUACAAAUGUCAUGGCUUAGGACACUUUCAAUAUGAGUUUCCUAAGUGGAACAAAGAGGCAAAUUAUGUUGAGGCAGGCGAAGAAGAUGAGAUGCUCCUGAUGGCCUAUGUUGGUGUUCAUAAAAAAAGUGACACCUGGUUCAUUGAUUCUGGUUGUUCUAACCAUAUGUGCAACAAUAAAGACAUGUUCUCUAGUUUGGACAUGACAUUCUCCCACUCUAUCAAACGACUUGUUAUGAUAUUUCAAGUGUGA